CCAAAGCGUGAUGAAAUGCAAAGAAAGCCAAUUGCUGGCCUGAGGUGGGGAAGCGCGCUCCUCCGAGUCCGCCCGCGACUAUGGAACAGGCAGUAAUUGCUGGAGACAGCCAGGGCUGGGGGGGCCGGGCCGAGGUAGCCCGGUAUAAAUAGUGGGAUCUCAAAUUGAAAGGCAUAAAUAACAGCAGGAGGGAUCUCGCCCCAUACCCAGCGCCCCGUCUUGCGCGCUGUCUUGCCGCCGCCGGUGCCGGAGAGCCAGGAUGAUUUAAAGCACCCCGGCGCGCACCCGCCCGCGCCCCGGCACCCUUGGGCAGAGGACGCGGCCGGCUCUCGGGAGUGGGCGCCACCCCCACCCCGCCGGGUCUCGGCGUGGCUAAGGUUCGCUCGGCCCUCGCCAUGGAGGAGCUCACCGCCUUCGUCUCCAAGUCUUUCGACCAGAAGAGCAAGGAGAGCAGCGGCGGCGGCGGCGGCGGCGGCGGGGUAGGCGGCGGCGGCGGCCCCGGCGCCAAGAAGGACACCAUCACCUACCGGGAAGUGCUGGAGAGCGGGCUGGCGCGGUCGCGGGACCUGGCCGCCUCGGACGCCGCCAGCCUGCAGGAGCUGGCCGAGAGCGGCGCCCACUGCCCCGUGCACCUCUUCAAGGAGCACCCGGAGAGCGACAAGGACAAACUGAAGGACUUCAACCACGCCGGCAGGACCGCCGAAGGGAUCUACGAGUGCAAAGACAAGCGGGAGGACGUGAAAUCCGAAGACGAGGACGGCCAGACUAAACUGAAGCAGAGGAGAAGCCGAACCAAUUUCACACUGGAGCAGCUGAACGAGCUGGAGCGGCUCUUCGACGAGACGCACUACCCGGACGCCUUCAUGCGGGAGGAGCUGAGCCAGCGGCUGGGGCUGUCCGAAGCCCGGGUCCAGGUUUGGUUCCAGAACCGAAGAGCCAAAUGCCGAAAGCAAGAAAACCAGAUGCAUAAAGGGGUGAUCCUAGGGACGGCCAGCCACUUGGACGCCUGCCGAGUGGCGCCCUACGUCAACAUGGGCGCUCUGAGGAUGCCUUUCCAGCAGGUAGUCCAAGCUCAGCUGCAGCUGGAAGGAGUCACCCACGCACACCCUCACCUCCACCCUCACCUGGCUGCGCAUGCCCCUUACCUGAUGUUCCCUCCUCCCCCUUUUGGACUCCCAAUUGCUUCAUUGGCAGAUUCAGCCUCUGCAGCUGCCGUGGUGGCUGCAGCUGCAAAGAGCAACAGCAAAAACUCAAGUAUUGCAGAUUUGAGGCUGAAGGCCAGGAAACACGCAGAGGCCCUGGGGCUUUGACAUUUCCUUCCCAGAUGCCUGUUCGUUGCCAAGGAUGGACAAUAAUUCUCCCUCCUCAUCUCCUUUAGCCCAUCUCCAAGCUUGGCUGGGAUCUGGACAGUUGUUACUUUUCAAAAGGCCUGUCAGUACUUCUAGAGAUGAUCCGCACUGGCCAGUCCUGUUCCCUUCUUCCUUUCAGCAACUUAUUCAGUUGAUCUGAGAACUGAAGGACUCGUCCACCUUACCAUCACAUUUAUAAAAGAGCACUUAGUGCUAAUUAUUAAACUGUUCUGUUGCUGCCAGAUGAAUAGGGAGAGAACACCCUGAAUCCCGACAUAAUGCAUCGGUUUAGAACAAAAAUCCAGACAACCUUCGGAGGAAAGUCAGUGAGGGGGAAAACCCAUCAACCCAAGUGAAAUCUGUGCCACUUGGAACACUUGGAGUUUGACCCUGGCCAAAGUGAUCAUCCUGUCAGCCCAAUGCCGCCUGCUGCCGCCAGUUUUGCUAUCUUGUGCAUGUGCCUAACUUUAAACACCAUUUGAAAAAUCACCAAUUACAUUGAAACAAGAAAGCUUAAAAAGUAUCCUUGGGGCUGGUCUCCAUUAAGAUGAUGUUUCUUCUUUGUUGCCAACAGUAUUAUUUCAAUCCCAUGAAUUUCUUCCAUCACCGUGGACUGCUGCUGCUACCGCUGCUGCAGAACUGCUUUGAAUUUAAAUGUGGAAUUUCAGAUCUGAGACAAGGCAGUUUUCUUUAAACAAAGCAGCAAUAACACAAACAUGUGUCCAAAAGGCUACAUCUUUUGCAUGGAACAAACAGCAGUGGAAGAGUGUGUGAAAAGAGAAAGAGAGAGAAACCCAAAUGUGUGGUAACGGGGACAAUUAUGUACACAUCUGUUUUAUUAAGUACCAUCUGAACCAGCCACAUUGCUCAUGCCAUAUGAACAGGUUUAUUUCAUCACUUUUAUUUCCAAAUGUCUGGAUCUCUCAAUAGAAAACCAUGCUGGUUUACAGGAUCUAGAAUGGUCGAUUCAUCUGUUAAAGAUGGACACACACUUUAAAAGGCAUAAUACUGAUGCAGCAUUAAUUUUAGUGAAAUGCAAUUAAGUGCAGUAAAGUGCAAUACUGUAUAUAUUAUAGAUUAAAAGGAAAAAAAAACAGCUGCACAUUCUUAUUCUGUUCAUAGCCAACUUUGUAGGAACUGUAAUCUGGUCCUAUGUGCUCAGACCUGAGAGUUGCCGUUUUGUUGCCAAAAUAAUUUAGUUCUGAGCCUUCUAUAGAUUGGUAAAUAAAUAUGAAUUGCAUAUAUAAAAGAGAAAAUGCCAUGAUUUUGAAUCCAGUUCACGUGCCAUAUUUCUGGGCACUAAGCUCAAAAGUCUGUAUUAAUUAUUAUAAUAAUUAUUAUUUUGUUUGAUAUCACAGCUGCCAGUUCUUUAGCUGGUUGUUGGCCUUUCAUUACAAUUUGAGCCUCACCCAGAGGCCUAGGAAGCUGUAAUGUAUCGGCCUAGUAUUCUUGCAGACCCCAGCAGGGCAGCCUUCUGAAUCUGACAGAUGUUAAUUUUGUUGAUUUGAAGAUGUUUCAAGUGCUGCCCUAGUGUUUUUGGAAUGGCGCCUUAUUAUUGUUAUUAUUAUUAUUAUUUGGCAAUUGUUUUGAAAUAAGGAAAUAACAACCAAGUCAGUGGCAUAUAGAGGUGGACAAGUUCAGUGGCUGAGUUUUUUUAAAAAAGGACAAAAUUUGUACAUAUCACAUAUCAGUUGCUUUUAAGUACAUCAGAUAGUAUAAUUUACCAUUACUCAUAAAAAUGGGAGAAAUCCUUUGAACUGAAAUUACCAAAGUGUCUGGGUUAAUUAUACCCAUCUCCCUCACUUUUAUGUAAAUCCCUUUAAACCAAUGCAUUAACUGGUGCUUCUUUUGGAAAAAAUACUGGUCUUGUCAACUUCUACCACCCUGUUUAUGCCUUUAGUAACAAGGCCUAAUGGUUGGAAUCUUUGCCUCUCAAUAUCAAUGUCAUAAAGUCAUUCAGCUUUUGCAUUUCCCUCCAGGGUAUUUAUAAUUUGUUUUUAAAGAAAUAUGUUUGCAGUUUGAGAUAAUGGCUAAUUUUGAUCAGUGUCCACAGGACAGAAAACAAAAAUCAUUGCAUUUUCCCCCCAAAGUAGAGAUCUGCAAUUCCUGCUUCUUCCUUCCAGUGUUGGUAUUUUCCAACUAACGUGUAACCUCAUUGUUGGGAUUUUAUCCCCUCUUCCUCCACAUAUUUAUUUUGUGUAAAGUGAUUUUAUUUUGGACAUGUUUAAGCAUUGAUACAUGAUUCCUGACUUUCCUACCUCUUUGUGAAAGCCCCAGUACCUCGUAAAGCCAAGACUAUAGUGCAAACCUAAAAUUAAAUUAAAUAGAGCUGCAAUCCUGCCUGCAAUUGUAUGCUUGUAGAUACAACAAAAUAAGCUAUACAGCACACUGUAAUAUUAAAAUCAGCUUUGCACAGGUUGACAGCCAUGGUGUCCUUCAGAGAAGCCUGGGAAUUUGGUUUUCUGAGACCAUUAAAUCUUCUGGCAGAUGUCCUGAGUAUUGACAUGUAACUACAGUUCCCAGUAUUCUUUAGAGAAAAGCCAUGACAGUUAAACUGGUUUUGAGUUUGUAGCAUGAAUGUGCUGCACAAUCUGGGUAAGUGUGCAAGGUUGCAGCUGUUAAAGAACACAGUCUAUAAGGAAUGUCUUGUGCAAAAGUCCCACUGAAUUCAACUAAUGGGAGUAGCACAAGAAGCUGAAUUUUGGACUGUACUUUAUGCUAGAGAAUGAUAGAAAAACUGGAGUCAAGCAGUAAAUACCUUAUGAACCUGUAUAUACAAUGAGAAAAUUAAAACAUAUUUAUAAUAAGAAGUAAUCAUAUACUACCACAGAAAAUAGUGAAUAUUUCUUCUCUUUCUCAUACAGCUUCAACAUGUAGGUGGGAGAAGGGGACCUUUUGGAUCCAGUUAAUUUCAAUGCAGUCAAUAUUGUCCCAUUUAAUUCAGCAUGAAGAAGCAGAAGUCUAUGGCAAUACAUAUUUGGUGGGGUAGAUUUACAAGUAUUUAGGGCAUGAUAUGACAAAGUAACAUGACAGAUACAUUCCACUAGAACUGAACCCCUAUCUACUGUGUGAGGGCUAAUAAAAGAUUCAUAUUAUACAAUACCCAAUUAAUACAUGCUGACUGCUACAGAAUUUCAUGCUUUAAAAUGAAGAACUCCUUUCUUCCAGGUCUUGGACUAUUUCUAUCAAAAGAAAUUGUUGACUUUUAAUAUGACUAAUAUGUCAAUCAGCUAAGCCCAUUAAAUGGACCCAUUUUGGCCCUUUAAAACCAGGAUCAGAUUUUUCAAAGCACAAAAGGCCAUCUUUAGUGAAAAUAAUGGAAGUUAAGCUAAUCUGCUGUUUUAUACCUUCGUAUUCUCUUUGGGAGCUAUCUGCCACCUUUAGUAAAAGAGGUUCUUCAGCCCCUAACCCAACAGCCACAUUUCUUUGUGUGACAUUGUCCAUAUGAUAGAUUUCUGUUAUAUUAGGUAACCUUUAUACCAACUUGAGAUUUUCUCUGACACUGAUAAUCCCAUAUAGUACGAGCUUCGUAUGCCAAUAAUACUUUUAUUUUCAUAAACAAUGUACCAAUGUCAUGCAAUCAUUUUCAUGCAUCUGCAAAAUUCUGUACACUUGCUUUGUAACAUGGAGUACUGGCCACUGUUGGAGGCAGCAUCUUGGAUUACAUGGACCACUGGUGCGAUGUUUUCUUGGUUAGUACAAUACAAUUGGUCCAAAACUAAUUUUUCUUCCAGAAGAUAACUGUUGGUUUUAUAUUCUGAUGCUGAAGAAUGGAAUUUGCAUCUCAUAGUGCUAUCUAUUGUGCAGUUAUGCACAGCUAAGUCCCAGUUAAAUCCACGCACCUUGUGCACAUAACAUACAACUUAGCUCCUACUGGAUUGUGACAGUUGUGUUCAGGACUGAGUUGGGGAAUUGCUGUUUUUGCCAGUUAGCAGGGGCCACUUCGGAUGUCAUUUAUUCCUGAUCAAUAGUAUAUCACUUAUAAAAUGUGGCAGGUACAUUUAUUUUUCCCAGAAAUGCAUUUGCCACUUACCCAGUCCAUGUUUUGCUACACAAUAAAUUCAUUUGCUUCACUUUACAUCAUAAGGUGUAAUGUAUUUCUUCCCUGCACAGAAGUUAGCUUGGUGUAGGAAAACUGUCAGCUAUUAGCCAUUUCAUCACAUAGUUUGCAGAGACAUACGCUGCAAUCCUGUGCAAAAUUGUUGAAGUCGAAAACUAUUGACUUUCGCGGGCUUAGACUGGCAUACUGCUACAUAGGACUGCAAUGUUAAUCUCUCUCUUGGAAAAGAGGAAAAGGGUUUGGGAUGAGUGUCAACUGCAGGAGACUGAAGAAGUAACCACCGCUGAAGAAUCUACAGAACAGAGCAGCAGAUAGCAUCAGAAAUAUUUCCCUGGUUUUCAUUUAAUAUGUAACAAUAACAGCAGAUAUUGUUCUUCCAAAAGCUUGGGAGGCAGUUUUUUCUAGACAGCUAGAGGUGACACAUUUCCCAUGCGAUGCCCAUUCAUUCUGGUAUUAUUGCUGAUCAGCCUCUUGCCAAAAAACCCUGUUUUUUUCAGUGCUUCUAAAUCUGCUAAUCUGAUUAAUCAGAAACAAAAAAAAUGGAACAAAAGAAAUGAGUUGUUCCCCUUGGAAUCAAUGAUUUAUCAUAUCACUCUUCCCUAGAAUAACUUGUCUAUCUCCAGUGACAAAAAUGAAGGUGCUAGUUUUUUCCUGUAGUUUUUUUUACUCAGCAAAUGAAUAAUCAACGUGACAAUCAUUUUCAAAAGGAACUUUACAUCUAGCUCUGAAUACAUACACAACUCCUCUUUUUUUUCCAGUGGCUAAUCCUAUAUAAGCAGAAACAAAAGAAUGCUCAUGAUUUUGCACAUUCACUGGGAAAUGUAUCUGCCUUCUGUUGGUGGCAGCUGUACCAACUAUCCAGGCUAUAGGUGGCUUGAUUCAUACUUUACUUUGCUGCACUGUUGCCUCUCUGUCUCAUAUAUUGUUUUCUGCUGUAGUUGAAGGAAUGAAUUGAACAUUCAAUCAUUUGCAAGGUUCAAAUGAUUUUCUUUACCGUCUCAGAGAAUUUAAAAGCUAUAAACUCCAGAAAUACAAAUUGAAUGAUCCAUUACGUGCUGCCAGGCCCAGCAGUCAAUGAGCGCAUCCAGACAUACCAAGAGAGACCUGUUCUUAUGGACCUGUACCAUCCCAAGAUAGAGGGGGGGGGGUCACUUGUUUGAAAGUAACCCUAUCCUAAAAGCUCCCUGCUUGUGGAAAGCUAUCACAUCCUACAUGAAGUUUCAGAACAAAAUGUAUAUCAUAUGCUAACUUUUCAUAUAUGGGGAACUCUUAAAACAGGAUUGUUUCAAUGAAGUGAUAGCUUGCAUGCAUUGCAAAGAGGGGACUAAAUUGUGUUUCAUUGCGUUUUAAAAAUAUCUCAGUGAUUAAAACAAUGAAAAAUAAUGCUGCAACCUAACCUUGGUGGAUUUUAUGAAAUAGGCUCUGGAAUUGCAUGCUAUUAUGGCUUGUAUUUAUGAAGGGCCAACUACACAGUGUGCCAAGGUCUCUGUGCUCUGUGUAUGUGUGUGAUAUUUCUCUCUAAAGCAAUUUCACUGACGUGAAUAUGCUCUGGUUGCCCCACCAUGUUUCUAGGUCAGCUGGAAGCAACAUGGUCUGCUGAAAAGUAGUUAGUUUUGGCUGACCUGAAAGGAAUUCAGGUCAGCCAGAACCCACACACUACAAAGAGUGCAACAAGCUGGAGAACACAGCGCAUAUGCAGAGUUCUCCAGACCUGCCACCUAUCUCAUGAUCUAGGCCAACUAGAUUAGGAGUGCAGAAGGAAUCAACAGGAGUGCAGAAGGAAAAGCCAGUGGUUUCUGAAUUUCCUUUCUUAAGAGGGCAGGGGUACAUAUAUAAUUGGAUAGAAAGAAUGCAGGUCUACAUUCCUUCCAUAUGCUUUUGUCAGUUUUCCUGAUUCAGAAUAGUCUAUAGGGCAAAUCCUUCUCUGCAGUCAAGGACGCAAUAUGUUGUGUAGUUUGGAAUCCAAAAGUUUCCCCAAGUAACUGGUUGCAUUUUCUUGCAGAUGUAGAAAGUGCAUGUGGAUAUUGUUCCCCAGGUGCAACAGGGUUAAAGAUGUGAAGUGGUUGUAUUGCAUGCUUAAUGCUCUCUUUCUGUAGUGUGGAUGGAUCACUAGAUCAAGGUAGCAGAGACUAAAAUUUGAGUGAGUUCAGACUGCAAUGAUGGUUAAACCGUUAACAUUCGCUGCAGCUGGAAUUCAUUUAAGUGAUAUGAUGCAGACCCCUGAUAUUUGAACUGUUUGCCAUGAAAUUCUAUUGUUUCUAAGAGAUGUUAUUCAGAAAUACUAAAGUGGUAUUACUUAUCAUUAUCUUAAUCUGAAAGAAUCAAUUUAAUCGUUUUAAUGCAUACAGUAUUAAAAUUAUAGAAAUGGCAGGUUCUGAUGAAAGCUGGAUACAGAAUCUUGGGCCUAUGUAUGUUUACUUUGAAGUAAGCCUUGCUAUGCUAAAGGCUUAUUCCUAGAUAAGUAGAAAAAGGAUUACAGCCUGAAAAUAUCCCCAUACUUGAUGGUGGUCGAAGCAGAAAGUAGUUUAAUUUCUGCAAAAUAUCUGUCCUGUAUUCUUCUCUCAAUAUGCAGUGUUUACAGUUUAUCAUCAUGAAUUCGAAUGUCAGUAAGAACAUUAAUAUGGUACAAUCAAUAUCUUGAAAUACAAACCGAUAAAUCAGAAAGGACUGGAAAUAAACAAGAAAUCUAAACACUGGCCUGGUGAUGUUAAAGGGAAUUAUGUCAAAGUAUUUUGAGAAAGAUAUGACUUUGAAGCGUGCUUCACCCAAAGUUAAGCGCUCACAAGUUCCAUCGAUUUCAGUUAGAGUUUUUAGGCACAUGAUGAACUGUUUCAGAGAAAGCAGUAGGAUUUUAUCAAUAUGAUCCACAGUCACACCCUCGUUAUCUCAUCACACCUGGGAAACUAUGUGGGGGUCAGUCCUGAUUAGUAGUUGAAUGGAGAUCACCAAAGAAAUCAAGGGUUGCUGUGCAGAUGCAGGCAAUGAAAAGCCCAAACUCUUGCCUUGAAAACCCUCUAAGGUCACCCUAAGGUGGCUAUGACUUGAUGGCAAAAAACUCCACCCAAACCAAACCAAAACAAUGACACUCUGCUUAGGAUAGCACUUCAUGAUGCUUAAUUUUGGGUCGGAUUAUGACCAAACAUUUUGACUUUUUAAAAAAUGAUAGUUUUGUAUCAACCUGUUAUGUCUGGAAUUUCUCACUCUCAAAAUUUUGCCUCAAAUAUAAGCCAGUAGCUCAUGAUUAAUCAAUUGCUUCAUCGUAAUGUACUUCUCAAGCAAACUACAAGCAGAAGGAUCAGUUUUUGAGGGGUGGGCACUCUGUUCUGUCUAUUCAGUGGUAUUGUUGCUGAAAUGAGCAGAGGUGGAGCAAGGGGAAACUGCGCCUUGGGAGCACGCGUGCCCUGCACCCCUGUCGUGGCAAUGCCUGCCCAACCCCGGAAUGCCCCCAGAACUCCCCCGCCAUGCCCCCUCGAUGGCCCGGCCACACCUUCGCUGCUGCUCCGCCCGGGGCAUCGCACCCCCCCGCCCUGUGGGUGCCAAGCCACUUGAAAUGAGUAGAGUGCCUUCAGUGACAGUAUGGGGUAGAUGACAAAUAUCAUCCAAGUAACACAGAAUAUAUCAAAUUUGCAUUGGGAAAAGUUUAUUGAAAGGCAUUCCGUUAAUAAAUCUUGGCCAAUGGUAUAUGUAAAUUGCAUCCCAGAGGCAAAUUCCUUUCUUUCUUUGUAUUGGCAUAUGUGGAUGUUUUAUUUAUUGUUUUGUUUUAAUGUAUACUAUUUUAAUUAUGUUGAGUGUAAAUUUGAUGUUGUUUUGAAUUAAAAAUAUUUUUAAGCAGUUGCUUAAGCUGGAUUUUGGGAAGUCACUAUAAUUGACUAUAUCACUGAAGGUUAUAAAUUCUGUAUGCAUAGUUUGAAUUUACAGGAAUUUAAGGGAAUUUUAUUAUAGGGAAAAACACCCUGUCUAAAACCAACUGUUUUAAAUUAUAUAGCCCUGUGCUAUUGUGGAAAUUUAAAGAAAAAUAGGCAUCUUUUAUAAUUUUAGUUAUGUUUUCAUACUUCUUCCUUUAUGAAUCCAUCAAUCACCUUAAGUUCUGCUUCCCGGUUGAAUUAUGUUAAAUCUCCUGUUUGAAUGUACAUCUUGUAAAACUGAUAUGAAUAAACUUAUGAAUAGUUGUAA